CGCGGGGCGGGGACGCGGCGGCGGUGGCGGCCGCUCUGUGUCGCCGGAGCCCAAACGCGCAGGCCCGUCCCGGCGGCCGCGGGGCGGGCGGGGUGGGGGCGCCAUGUGGUUCAUGUACGUGCUGAGCUGGCUGUCGCUCUUCAUCCAGGUGGCCUUCAUCACGCUGGCCGUCGCGGCAGGUCUCUACUACCUGGCAGAACUGAUAGAAGAAUACACAGUGGCUACCAGCAGAAUCAUAAAAUACAUGAUCUGGUUCUCCACAGCUGUGCUGAUUGGGCUCUAUGUCUUUGAGCGAUUUCCCACCAGCAUGAUUGGCGUAGGCCUCUUCACCAACCUGGUCUACUUUGGCCUCCUCCAGACCUUCCCCUUCAUCAUGCUGACCUCGCCUAACUUCAUCCUGUCAUGCGGACUAGUGGUGGUGAAUCAUUACCUAGCAUUUCAGUUUUUUGCGGAAGAAUAUUAUCCUUUCUCAGAGGUCCUGGCCUACUUCACUUUCUGCCUGUGGAUAAUCCCUUUUGCAUUCUUUGUGUCACUUUCGGCUGGGGAGAACGUCCUGCCCUCUACCAUGCAGCCAGGAGAUGACGUGGUCUCCAAUUACUUCACCAAAGGCAAACGGGGCAAACGCUUAGGGAUCCUGGUUGUCUUCUCCUUCAUCAAAGAGGCCAUUCUACCCAGUCGUCAGAAGAUAUAUUGACCCCCGUGGGGAGGGGAUGUGGGAGCAAGAAGGAGAGUCAGGCGCCUGGACCUCUGUUCUAGGUAGGGGCCAGAGGCCUGGAAGGCACCUUCCACCGGCCCUGGCUUCCCUCCCCUCAGUUCUGAAGCUCCAUCCCACCCUCCUCAGGGUACUCAGCUUGGCUCGGAUCUGAUGCUGCCAGGAUGGUCUCCUCACAAGGCACCAAGGAGGGUGGCAGAGCCUGCUUAGCCAGGAGGCCCUCCCCUCACUCUCCCAGGAGGGUUGGGAGGUUCUGGCUCAGGCAGGGCAGGGUCUGUGAAGCUGGAAAGCAGCUGGUGACAAGUUCUCUGGGCAGAUGGCCAUAGGGAGGGGCCAUGUCUUGGUACCCAGGAGAAAUGGUUUUUGCUGUUGAACUGUGAUUUUUGUCCAAUUGCUGAUUCCCAUUUGAAUAAAGAUUCUAGGUGGCACUGUUUGCCUUAAUACCCCCAAAGUUCACCUUCCUUUCUUCCUGCUAACCUUCUCCCUGGACUAGACUAGUUGUCUGCUCCAGGGACUCCUCUUCUGGGUCUGGGUCUUAUUCUCACAAAGGAACUCUUCUUGUGGCCCUUAGUGGAAAGGGGGCAGAGGGGAGGACUAGAACCUGGCCCGGGAUUAUGCACCUCCCUUGUCUGCAUCUUUUCUCCCUGAGGCUCUGGCACGCUAGGGCUAGGAGAUAGUUUAGAACUGGGUUAAAUGUUCAGAAUAACAUCUACAGAAUCCUAUUUAUAAGUCUUCCUCUGAGAAAAGGGGUGGUUUCUGGUUGAAUUCUAUUCCAGGCUCAAAGAAAAAUAAAAAUUGGCUUCUA